AUGUUUCCGACGCAGGUCCGUGGACGGCUAAGCGACCGUUUCGAUGGACAAGUGGUCUUGCUCACAGGAGCGACAGGAUUUUUAGGCAAGGUGGUCCUCGAGCGGCUGAUGUGGGCGACCCCAAAUGUUCAGGAGAUCCGGGUGCUUAUCCGGGGAGGCAGUGGCGACGACUCGGCCGAGUCGCGGUUGAGCAGGCUGUUGCGAGGCGAGUGUUUCGAUCGGUUGCGGCAGAGGCAUGGAGGCCAGCGCGGGUUCGAGGGCUGGGCCAGCAAGAUCGUCCGAUGUUGCAGCGGAGACAUAGCGCUUGGCGGAUUGGGCAUGCCCGCCGAUGAGUACGAGGCAUUGCGGCAGGGCCUGAACCUCAUCAUACACUGCGCCGCGCUCGUAUCUUGGGACGAGCGGAUCGAUCGGAGCAUCAACGUGAAUUGCCUCGGCACGCGGCGGUUGUUGCGGCUGUCGGGGGAUAAUCCGAGCUUGCGGUGCUUCUUGUACGUGAGCAGCGCCUUUGUCCACGGCUUGCGGUGCGAGCAACGGUUCUGCAGGGAGGCGCCUUUCGACCCUGACGCCUCCAUCAUGUCGGAGCUCCGACCGCAGGCCCCGGCUUUCUCGCUCGAGGCGGAGGUGGCGGCUGCGCAGGAGUUCGCGGCGAGGGCCGAAGCAGACGCAGAGGAGGGGACGGAGCUCGCCAGGUUUAUGCCAGAGGCGCGGAAGCGGGCGGCGGCUGGUGGGUCCAGCGUGGGGGCCGAUGAAAUUGCGGCGAAGUUGCUCCGCAGGCACACGGAUCGGAAGAUUGUCGAUUGGGGCGUCGCUCGCGCGCGUUCGCAUGGGUGGUUCGACAACUACACCUACAGCAAGGCGCUCGCGGAGAUGGUGCUCGUUCGCGAUUGCCCGGACCAUGUGCAAGUGGCCAUUGUGCGCCCUUCUGGCAUCACGGCCGCCUUGUCGCAGCCUCGUGCUGGGUGGCUCGACGCCUAUCUGCUGGUGGAGCCGCUGAUACACGGGGUCGGGACGGGCCAGAUCAGCGCGUUCCCUGGCAGUCCGACCAACGUCAUAGACGUGGUUCCCGUGGACAUUGUCACCAGUGUGAUCCUGGCCGCCGCGGCAGAUGCGGGCGAUCACGGCGGCGAAGUUGACGGCAGUGGCGGAGGCAGCUAUCACGGCCGAGGUCCCGAUCAGGCCAGUCCUCGCGUAUUUCAGGUUGGCAGCGGUUCGUCAAAUCCCAUCACGCUGGGGGAGAUCGAGCGGAUUUGGCGAGAGUAUUUUGCCGAGUGCCCGAUGAUGCGCGACUAUGAGCAGGAGCUGCCAACUCCGGUUGGGGUCGCCCCGAUACGGUUUUAUCCCGCCAUGGAGCCGUUCCAGGCUUCGCACCAGUUGUGGUAUUUGAACCCGCUCGCGUGGACAAGAAGCGCAAUCGAGCUGUUGCCUUUCUGGGAUCGCGUCUCGCUCCUGCGCCAUGGGUGGGACCGAGCGAACAGGCUCAGCGGCAAAAUCGGCAAGGUGUUGCGGCUGGCGGAGCUGUACUGCACCUACACGCUGAACGAGUGGAUCUUCGAGACACGCGAGACGGAGAAGCUGAUGGCGUCGUUGUGCGAGGAGGACCGCGCCGAGUUCCCUUUCGACGUGAGGUCUAUCGACUGGCGCCGAUUCUGGACCGAGGUCUGGGCGCGCGUCCCGAACAUGCGCCGCCACCUGCUCCGAGAGCCAGGCUUCGGAGGCAACCCGCCCGCCGGCUCUGUGGAGACCGACGUGGCUGCGCGGCUCCACGUCGCACCUCUGCGGUGGGCACGGAUGGGGGAGGGGCCCGCGGACGUCAGGAACCACCGAGUGGUGCGCUGGGGGGCGUCGGCGCCGAACGGCGAGGUGGUGGCGGGCGGCCGCGGGCGUGGCGGCCGCCUGGACCAGCUGAGCUACCCCCGGGCGGUCAUCGUGGAGGGGCCCGGCAGCUACCUGGUGGCCGACACGUACAACAAUCGCGUCGUGCGUUGGGUGAGGGGCGAGCCGCGUGGCACGGUCGUCCUCGGCGGCAGGGGCCAGGGCGGCCGCAUCGACCAGCUCAACCGGCCCAUGGGCCUCGCGCUCGACGGCAGCGGCGGGCUCCUCGUCGCGGACAGCGGGAACCACCGCGUGGUGCGCUGCGCGCUCCGCCCGCCGCCGGGGGAGGCCGCCGCGAAGUACCUCUCCCACUCGGCGCCGCUGCGGCACACGGGCUGAGCGCACCUCUGCUGGGGAGGAAAGGCCCCUCCGACCCCGAUACCUGGCGUUUGCUGGGCGGCACUGGGGCGGCGCGAACUCUUCGGGCGUGCCGGCGCGCGGUGGGCGAGCGGCGUCGGCACAGCGAUAAUGAUGGUACACGCACUCCAUUUGUCGGCUUGCGCG